AUGGCACUCUUGAACCCGACCUUCAUAUUCGGCGUCUUUGUCGUCCUCUAUCUAUCCUCCUUCGUCCUCUUCGCUAUCGUACGAAUCCUCACCGGCCUCUCCAUCCAGCGCAUCGGCUACUUCUCCCUGCGCCGCCUUGCUUACGUCCCCAAAGAUGGCAUCAAGAUCGAAGUCCGAGGGCUGGGGCUCAACGUCCAUAGGCCAACUUUCGCCCAGCCAACGUGGCUCAGCAUUGUCGUCAGUGAGCUCGUCGUCACAGUCGACCUUGUAGAGCUAGAUCGCAGCAAGGCCAACGAAGCGCUUGCCCAGGACCCAGAUGAUCCUGCGUCUCAUAAGAAAGAGGAGGCUUCGUUGAAAGUCCCUAGGACGCCGCUUGUCCGACGUGCCACCACCAGUGUCAAGCGCAGCGAGACAUGGAAGCAGCUCACACGCAUCAAAGAGCGGAUCAAGAGGCUACACAGGAAUGUGAACUGGCUGCGCAUGGUCGACGUGGUAGCAACAAACUCGACGGUGAAUAUCCUGGACGUUGGAAAUGUUCAAUUUGGGAGCGUUACGGUCGCUGUCGAUACCCGGCGGAAGAUGGUGGACCGGGCUCGAUUCUUCUGGGGACCAAGGUCUGGGAAAGGCCAUGGAAAGAACCAGGCCGAGUGGAUCAUGACGAUUCGAAGCGUCCUUUUCACGCCGAUUGGGAGCGAGUCGAUCGAAGUUCUGGAUCAUUCGACCUUGAAUGUGCAUGGGUUUCUGUAUGAGCAGCUGGACGGAUUGCGAGACGCAUCUAUUGCCCUGAAGCUCGGUCGCGUCCACGUUCCCUUGGAUGAGAUCCGCCAAUCAGCCAAGCGCUUCCAAAAGCGCAAGCUCGAGACCGCAGCAAGUUCGCAUGCAGACGAGCCUAUGGACGAGUAUGUCGACAAGGUUUUCCAGGAGCUAGAAGAGCCGGGGAGCACCGAUGAUGAGCUCAUGCGAGCAGUCUCCGAUUCGAAGGAGUUCGUCAGUUCGAUAUUAAGGGGCAUCAAGGAGGUGCAGUUUGCGGUCAGCUUCUUCGCGUUGACCAAGAAAGUUGAAGCUGUCAAGACCACUGGCCCACCAGUGACCCUGAAUGCCUCCAUGAAAGAAGUCGGCAUAGACCUUCACCGACUAGAUCCGAAGUCCCCGGCACAUAGGAUGUAUUUCCCCUCAACAGACAUUGCUCAUGAGGCUCUCCUCGCCGCCCUGUCGAUUUCAAUAGGUCUUGACGACGGGCUCGGAAGCCCACAGCGAUUGCUUUAUGUACCAAUGGCGACAACGACGGUCAGGACAACGCUGCCUUCCAAAACAGUUCAGCUCCCCAGCAAUGAUAACGCCGAGCAGAGGAACGCCAAUAUUUUGUUUGCAAACUCUGUCGUCACGUCCCCUUCGGUGGAUUUGGACCCGAAGCAUCUCCCACUGCUUCUUGCUAUGCUUCGAUCGAAGCCAAAGAAAGCAAGGACAGCUCCUCAACAACGGCACAUGUUGAUCUCACGGCUUCUUCCUAAAGCUAACAUAAAAUUCUCUAUGCAUGAGCCAGUCCUUCGCAUAGCUCUUCCCCCAGUCAAGAAAGACGCCGACCCUGAUGAUUUCGACUUGAUCAUAUCUUCCAUCUCCUCCAUAUCUCUCGAUGCCGAGUCGUUUCAUCCGACCGGGGAAGAGCUCCACUACUCUCUAGCCUCGAAUCUUAGGAUUCAAUCUCACAAUUUGUACUACCAGACUUCCGAAGGAGAACGUUUCGACCUUGUGGAAACUGAAUCAUUUGAUCUGAAAGUCAAUUUGAGCGCGUCUCCUGACGUCGCCGUGGUUGCCAAUGGCAACUUGCAAACGUUUGCUAUCAGACUUGUCCGGCCCGAGAUUACGGACGGUUUGCAACAAAUCGUCCGACAACUACGUCUCGAGGUCGAGCCUGGCAAGCAUAUUACCCCGAAAUCUUCCAAGCAUUCCAACUUCCUGCGGGGAGUGCCGACUUGGCUCCUUCACUUUCAGCUGCAGGCAUCAGACUUCAGCGCUGAGAUUGCUGGGGUUGAUGCGGAUGUCUCGGAGGACUCUCGAGGCGUUUCUCUUUCCCUGGACUCGUGGACAGCUGAAUAUCGAGCACAAAGACUUGAUGGACUGCCUCGCCGCCCGGCUAGGAAACGGGCCAACAGUCGCGUCAGCGUGUCGCUCGAUCCAGAGAUCCUCAAACAUCUCCCUGCUUCUCCAAGGAAAAAGCAUCAAAACCCCGGCGAUGGACGUCGAAUAGCUUUCCACGUCCGUGGUCUGGAAGCUUUCGUCGUCGAGUCGGCUGAUCGCUGGGAGGUUGACCCUUUCCUCAGCAUACCUCGCUUUGAAGUUGCUCUCUCAACUUUGAGCGAUCACCAGGGGCCUGUGUUCCACGUCCACUCACAUGUCAAAACACUUUUGGUGCAGUAUUCUCUCUAUCGGCACUACGCCAUCGGAGUUGCCGUUACUGUGCUACGUAAGGCUUUCCUGCGCUCAAGUAAAGACAACGUGGAUUUGGGAAUGACCCAGACGCCUCCGACACCCACCACGCCAACUACACCUCGGCGCAACCUUGGAGCGACGUACUUGUCGCCUCCCACUCAGGAUCACUCUGCCUCCGAGGAGGAAAACGCACCAGCGGCAGAAUUGAUCUCGGUUGACUUCAAGGCGGUUUUCGUGCAAAUCAAAGCAGACAUGCCGGCGGAUCCGCCACUAAUGCUGCACAUACACAGUUUAGAAGCUGGGCGCCAUCGCUGGUCUCCGCCAUUUUUCCACACGAGACUGAUUAGAUUGUACUCCGAGCCUCCCAGGAUGCGCAGAGUCUGGAGCAAACUUGUCAGCAUCAAGAAUGGCCGUCUCGACUACCGAGAAUCACGCCGCAAGCUUCCCACUGGCGGCUACCAAGACGAGAAGAUGUUCGACGUCGUUGCGGAUGCUGUUCGAGGUGCUGUUCCGAAUGAGCUGGUUUUCAGCAAGGUCUCUGAUAAUAUCAACAACGUGAUCAAAGCCGUCAAGCAACUCCACCAUCGCUUCAAGACAGGAACGGAUGAAUACGUAUUGGACAAAGGCCCUGAAGGACCGAAGAACGUGCCUAAGAUAUCGGUCAAAUGCAAGUCACUGCUUUUUGAGCUAGAAGAUGGGGCGUUCGAGUGGAAGCUUGGCAUGAUCUAUCGAGCUGGUCGUAUAGAGCAAAUGCAGAGACUAGCACGCGAGGACGCCUUCAAGGUCAAGGUUAAGAAGAUCCACGAGGAGGCAAGAAAAGAGACCGGCGUGCGAGCGCGGUCGGCUACGGGCAGAGGCCGCUCAAGCCACUCUGGUGCCUCUUGGGCCAGAAGCCAGAGUGCCGACGGUCGUCGGCCUAGAUCAAGCAGUGGCGGGCGUGAGAGAGGUCGAGCACCAAGAUACGAUCCAGAAAACGGUUGUGGUAUUAGCGGACAUACCCUGGUGUCUAUCGCCGAUGCUCGAGCCAAAUUGAACGAGCACAACUCCAAGAGCUGGAGAGCUCGGAUUGAUCGGUUCUACGCCAUGGCCCGCAACGGCAUGAAAGACAUAAGAAGUGCUUUCUGGGGCACGGGUAAUGUUCCCGAUGAUUUCGAAGAUAACGAGAACAUCCUAGAGAUGCCAGAACGGCCAGCUCUCAUGUCUGCCUUGGUUCACGACCUUCAUUUCAUGAUCGACAAGCCUUCAUUCCCGUUGAAGCAGCUCCCAGAAUUCCUUCACAGAGUCGGCAAGGGGAUGCCUCGCGAUAUGAAGUAUUCUUUGCUUGUCCCUAUGAACGUUCAAAUCAACAUGGGAGAAGCAAGAGUGUCACUGAGGGACUACCCAUUACCCCUUCUGCACGUGCCUAGUCUCAAAGCAGGACAGUCCACACGCCUGCCUGCUCUGUCAUUGAAAACGGACUUCGUGAUAGCUGAAGAAUUUCGCGGCAUCGAGUCCACGAGGAGCGUCCGAGUGAACGUCAUCCCCCCAGAGAGUCUACACUCAGCAGGAGGCAAAGAGCGCGGCUUUUACAUUGAUGUCAGGCGCACCAUUGGCCCGAUCAAGUCAUUCUCUGACAUGUACGUUGACAUCAACACCGCACUGCCAACAAGGAUUACUUGGGGCCCAUCAUACCAGCCCGCCAUCCAAGACAUGAUGAUGGUCAUCGAAUCAUUUACCAAACCGCAAGCGGAUCCAUCAGAGCGCGUCGGCUUCUGGGACAAGAUUCGGCUCAAUUUCCAUUCCCGGGUGCGCAUCGCUUGGAAAGGAGAUGGCGACGUCCACUUCUGCCUCAAAGGAACUAGGGAUCCUUAUCAGAUUACUGGCAAUGGUGCUGGCUUCCUAAUGUGCUGGCGAAAUGAUGUUAGAUGGAGCAUCCGAUCCGAUGACGAUCCCAAACGCUUCAUGACGGUAGACAGUGGGGAAUACGUCCUCGCCGUGCCUGACUUCGGACAUUAUGCGCGGGAAGCAGCCCGCCGGACCGCCGACAACGACAGUGUGGUCAGCGAAGAUAGCAUGAAGUCUGGCUCUGCCUUCAAGAAGGUGGUCAUGAAACUGUCUGGCAAAGUUCAGUGGAUGGCGGGGCUCGUUUUUGAGCAAGCAAUCGACAACGGGAAACGAAAUUUCGAAUUUCGCCCUCACUACGAUGUUGUGCUUAAAGCGCCUGAGUAUGCGAAGUCCGAAAAUGGUGUUCCAUAUGAUGCUUUCGAGGGUUUCAGGAGCCAGCACAUCCACCUAUCCAUCGCUGUCAGGGCGCCAGUUGAUCGUGACUGGACGUCUGCUGAUGUAGAGCCCUCGAGGAGUUACAACACGGUCCAUCUGACGCCGCGCUUCUUCACUCACUUCUUCGCAUGGUGGUCAUUGUUUGGCGGGCCUAUGUCUUUGCCCGUUCGACAAGGUGCACUAUGGCCGGGACGAGAGAAGAGCAGCAAAAAGUUCGGCAGGCAUCUCGCAACCAUCAAAUUCAACUUGCUGCUUGCUCCGUUGUUCUUAAGUCAUAUUUACAAGCACAAAGACGUGGAGGACUACGACGAGAAUGCUGUGUCCGCCACCGGCAUCAAAGUUCGAUUUGACAGCUGGAAACUCGACCUUCACAUGAGACGUGAAGAAUUCAACACUAGUGACAAAGGUCAUAAGGCAGGCAGCCGGACGACCGGAAUGAAGAUACAUGCUGGCCAACUGGACCUGGCCGCCGCAGAUGUUCGUGCUGUAUCUGCUAGCAUCAAAGGCACCUCAACAGAGGCGAUCAGGAAGAAUAACAUUGGCUCGCUUAUACUUCAGCAGCAGGACGAUGACGGCACAGAUCUUUCAAGAUUCACAAUUCCUGAUAAUGAUUUCAGCUGGGUGGACAUGGACGACUUCGUUGAGCUCGAUUGGAUCUUGCCAGCUGAGCCAAACCCGGACACCAAGAUCCUGCCUCUUGCCUAUUGUCCCAGGCUCACUUAUUUCCGACAGACUGACAUCGGUGGAGUCAUCGCUGGAGAUCCAACAAGGACCAGUCCCUUCGGACACGAGCCUACCCAUCUGUGUAUAAUGAGCCAGGACGAUGACCCUCGCCGCGUGCAAGCCCAGCUUGUUCAACAACGCCUUGAUCAGUUGGCAGACCAAAUGAAGAACCACGACCGCAAUCUCGGCGAGGCAGAGCUGAAGGUUGUCAGGGAUGGAGACCAAGACCCUGAUGCGCGGACACAUCUUGAAGCUCUCCUCGGGCACAGUAACCUCCUACAUGAUAAGAAGGGCUUCCUCGAAAAUCUGUUGAGCCAGAUGACAACCAAGUCGCCUCAAGAUUCACGUGGUGGUCUCUAUAAUGUAGCCAAUGGUCAGAGCGGCAAGUCGGACACGUCAGUUGGCACAGGUGACCAAUCUAUGUCACUACCCACAGGGGCCGAGUUUGCCAGCGACUUUUUGAAUCGCUUCGUCAUGCACAAUCUGCAACUGAAAUGGAACAAUCUCUUGCGAAAUAUCAUACUUCGCUACAUUCACCAAGUCAGCCAGCGACGGGGUUUCGUGUACUAUCUCUCGCGACCUGCUGUCAAGUUCAUACUGGACAUUGUGGAGGAGCAAACCAAAAUCAAGAGUUCAAAUGGACAUAAGGAUCCAGGGAAACCCGAUCCCACCUCAACACCGAAAACGAAUGGAUCAGCACAUGGGGCACAAACCGGCAUCGAAGACAGGAUAAAGCAAAUCCUCCAGGAUGGCCGAAGAUUCGUCAACUCUGACGAUUCUAAUAAUCGGGACACCGGCGGGGAUGCUAGCGGUGACGCCGUUCCUAAUGUCUCCAUGGAGGAUCUCACCAGCGGCAUUGCCGAUGGAUUCACGCCACAGAACAGCUAUCAUGUUCGACUCAUUGCCCCGCAAAUUCAGCUCCAGAGCGAGAAGAACAAAAAGCACGUUGUCAUGCUAACUAGCAAGGGCAUGGAGCUGAAAGUCGUAGAGGUCUUGGAUAAAGACAGAAUAUCCGAUUCAGUCAGCGGUCUUGUCCAGCGUCGAUUCUUGGUCAACAUGGACAGCACGCAAUUUUUCGUCUCCCACCAAAAGUGGUUCUCUAGUCAGCUACUUUCGAUGUACUCUGGUAGCGUUUACGGUGCACCGAGUGGCUCGGCCUGGCCCCCUUGGGUGCCUAUGGAGGUGAUGUCUGACUUCCAAACGGACCCCGUGGGCUUCAAGCGUGUUGUUCAGAAAACAUCAGCCAUGCUUCGCUACGACAAAUACAACACGCUCCGUCUCAAAUACAACGAUGAGGUCAACUCGGGCGAUGCGGCGGACGGCGAGUCAAACGAAGCCACUGAGAAUCGUAUGGACAAUCUUUGGGUAGAAUUCCCUCAGGCACGUGCCAUCUGCAACUCUUCGCAGUACUAUGCGAUAUAUGUCAUUGUGCUGGACCUGCUCAUGUACAACGAGCCUCUUGAAAAGACACGCAGCGAGCGUCUCGAGAAGAUCAUGCUGGCGUCCGACUUCAGCGACUUGAGAGGCACGCCCGAGAUGGUCAUCAAGUUGCAAGAGCGGAUCAGGCAGUUGGAGGACAUCAAGUCCCAUUUCCAAAUCCAUUCCAAGUAUCUGGACGACCAAGGCUGGCAAGAUAGGUUACUUCUAGAGAGAGACCUUGCCGCUUGCGAAGAUGAACUGUUCUUCAUGAUGAAGGCGAUCACCACUUCGCAACGCAAACACGACACGUCGCAGAGCAAUGCGCUACUUAAGUGGUCCAUCUCGGUGAAGGACAUCGUGUGGCACCUGAUUCGAGAUGCGAACGAGCCGUUGUGCGAGCUGCAGCUCAGAGAUGUAGAGUAUGACAGGACUGACAACUCUGAUGGGUCACACAUCAACUUGAUCCGUGUGGGCAAAGUACUCGGCCUGAAUCUACUUCCCGACGCUAUCUAUCCCGAGAUGGUCGCUCCAUAUCUCGAAGAUGCCAAAUCCGCCUCACUCCUGAAUAGCCAGCCCAUGAUCACCGUGUACUGGUACAUGCUUGAGGCGAUUGCUGGCAUCCCCGUUAUGGAGCACUUUGAGGUCAAUCUCUUCCCGUUGAAGGUUCAACUUGAACGCGAGGUCGGGAAGAAACUGUUCGAGUACAUCUUCCCGGAAAUGGAUGGGGACAAGUUCGGAGGUGACGGCCAAAAUGCCUCUCCUUUCAUGCUCAAGCAGACUUUGCCAGGCGACGAAGUUGGAGACGAUGACGACGACUCCAUUCAAGAAUACCCGCGACCUGCUACUGCUGUGUCUGACAUAGAGAGACUCGACCCUGGAACUUUCUCCACCCGGGCUGGCUCACUUGAGCUUCGACUGCGUCCAACGCUGACCUCGGAGGCCAAGAGGAGUCCGCCAAAGAGUAACAAGGCGCUCAGUGUCCACUCGGCUGAGUCCGCGCCAUUUAAGCUCUUCGGGUCAAAGAACAAGAAUCUGGCAAGAAAGCGGUCGUGGGAUUCCCUUCGAGCCACUCCCAAUCCUGCCCGGCCCAGCAUUGGUAGGACGAAUACGGGCUUCUCGUCCAAGGUUGAAACCAGUUCAGUGAACUCAGACUCCAAGAAGUCGCGCUUCAACCUCCGCAGAACCGAGAAUAAGGACGAGGCGCCUUCGGACGAUUUGACCAAAAUGAUUAGUCGAGCGUCGAAUUACAUGACCUUCGCCUAUAUCAAGCUGCCGUCCGUGGUCCUCUGCCUCAGCUAUAAGGGCAAAGGCGACCGCAACAUCGAGGACGUGCAUGACUUUGUUUUCCGUCUGCCCACAAUCGAGUACCACAACAAGAUGUGGUCAAAUCUUGACCUAGCUCUAGCCUUCAAGAGCCGCGUCAUGAAGGCCCUGAUUAGCCACACUGGUGCGAUCAUCGGCAACAAGUUCAGGCAUCGGCCCAACACGGCCCAACAAACAAAACUGCGUGAGCUCGCAAAUAGCUCGGUCUUGCUUGCAGCGCCAGCCAUGGGUGAUAGCCAAAAUAAUAGCGGUGACGACUCAUCGAGGUCCUCUGUUCCUGUGCGCAGCAACAGUCGCAGCUCGAGUGUGGCGUCCAGCAGCCGGUCGCUCAGGAGCGGGCAUCUGAACGUCAACACCAACAAUACCCCAUCAGGCAGUGCUAGCGCCACGAGUUCUCAGCAAGGACUCGGCCCAGUCGUACCGAGCUUCUUGAUGAUGACACCGCCUACGCCUAAGGAUAGAACCAAUUCAGAGUCGAGCAGCAACAAGCAUGCCGGCUUUGGCAAUAUGCUGCGGCCGUCCUCAAGCAGCAGUAUGCGGUCGUUCAACAGCAACGCUUUUGGAAGUAGCCAGCGCCGGGGCAGCAACAUCAGCACCCAACAAAGCCCAAACCCCAACUCCCCUGAGUCGGGUAUUGAGAGACGCCGAACAAUGCUCAGCGCUCUGAACGGCGCUAGCGGUAGAAGCGAAAGCAACGCGAGUGGAUUCUUCAAGGAAAAGUUCACGGCACUUACGUCCAAGCUGAACAAGGACAGUAGGGCAGACCGGGAAGUAUCACCCGCGUCACCGUCGACUGCGCCUGUGCAAGCCAAUAAUGAGGAUAAACGACGGCCGGCGUCGCGAUGGUCAUCAAGGAGCGCGAGCAUGGCCGUGGAUGAUGUCAUCGAGGAGGAUGAAGGAGGCUUUGCCCUUGAGAGGGAGAGGAGCAACAUAGGCGAAGAGAAUACACGUGGCUUGCUGCCUGGACCUAUGAAGGGUUUGAUGAAACCUAGGCAAUGA